AUGGCAAGCCCUAUUGAUUUGGAUGCCUCCAGCGAAGUCAGUCAAGCAAAGGAUGGUGGAUUGAAAAGAUCUGGGACCCAAUCGUCAGUCACCACCUUGAUUCUUGGGCAAUCCGCCGUCGAGAAGCAGAUCACUGCCAGGGCGCUGGCUCCUCAACCCAAAGCUCCAUCUCCGGCUCGCCCGGCACCAACACUGCCUGACCCCACGGACAUGCAUGACAGUCAGUUCACAGAGUUGGGGCCCAGUGCAUCGGAGAUCGGGACUACGCCGAUGGUUUCUGAGGAGGAACUCCGCAGAAGAAAGCGCCUUGAAGCUGCUAUGGCAAGGGAGCGAGAGGCUCGUUUAGAGAGAGAACAAUUGCUCAAAGAGCAAGAAGAUGCAGAGAGAGAACAAUUGCUCAAAGAGCAAGAGGCUGAGCACAAGCGUGCUCGUUUAGAGGCAGCUCUGAAUGCACCCCCAUCCCAGAAGAAGGCCAUUGCUUCACCAGCGCCGGAGGCUCCAGCCGGAGUGGAUGAUGAGAACUUGGAUGGAGAGGAAUGCGAAGAGGAGGAACUUGUGAUUGAUCCCCCCGUGGAUCCUGGUCCGUCAGUGGAACCCGCUCGAUCAGCUCCCAGGCCGCCGGCAUUGGUUCCAGCUCCCUUGCCUCCUUCUCGCCCAGAAGACAACCCUGGGGCUGUGGAGAAACCAGAGAAAGUCAAUUCGAGCACCCACAAGAAGGAGUGGAUGCACUUGGAUCGGCUUGAUCGGAACAUUGUCUUGCGGAAGUUCCUUGAGAGUGGCCGCAACGCCGAGGCAUGUGAGGCGUCUGUGCAGCUCUCACGCGAUGAGAUUGACAAAGUCAAGAAGGGCAUGGUGCAAAUGACGCUGCAAGAUAUGAUCGAUGCAAAGUUCAGUCAGCAGAAAAUUGAGAGCAUCAUUCGACGUGGCCACGCCGAGUGCGAUCCGGAUGCACCUGAUGAUGCAGAGAGUGUGCUCUUCUGGUGCAACAAGAAGGGCGAGGUCACUAAUGUGGCCCAAGUGACCAAGACCCAAAAGCUCAAGGUCCAGGGACGCCCGUCUGAAGCUUUUGCUAAUGAGAUGGCAUCCCAGAGUGUGACGCCUGCUGCUGUGCUAGCCUUGGGUUUGGGGGAUGCUUCGGCUUCGAAGGUGACUGCUGACGCAUUGCUCAAGGCGUCCCGAGAGCUUGCCUCAGGAUCUUCUGGGGCUUCUGCUGGAGCUUCCAAGGGCAGUGGUGGUGGUUCCCGCGCCAAAGCACUGCCCAAGAAGAAGGGAACUGCCAAAGUUAUCCCUCAACAGAAGAUGACGCCCAAUGAGAUGAAAACUGAGACCCGCAACCAGCUGAAGAGAGAGCUCAACGCUAACAACAUGGUCUUGCUCGACCUGCCCACAGGACAUGAUUUGCGGAAGAACUUGGAAACCACGCAAAGCCAAUACCAACAAAUCCUGGAGAAGUUGUUGAGCACCUCUGACCCGGGGGAGAUCAGUGAUUUUCACGCGCAAGCUUCUACUUUGGUGGACGCAGCGCGACUCAAAGCCCAAGCCAGAGCUGUGGCCAGUGAGUUGCGCAAGACUGAGAGCUGA